AUGGGGGAUGCAGGCUUCCAAGCCGUCUUCCCGGCAUUUGGGGACAGCACCGAGUUCGGCGAUGUGGGCGGAGCGCCCGGCGAGAACCCGGCACAGGUCUCUGCCGCGAGCGAUCAGAGCCAUGCUUCGAGGAAUCCCACGCGCGGAGACAUCGGUGGAGAUGACGACGGCGGUGCGAACGAUGACGUCAUUGAGGACAUCAUCGAAGUCUCCCUGACCGGCCUCCGCGGCGACAUCGGCGGCGCUGCCGGCGGUCAGGAGGCAGUGGAGACCUCCGAGGCCGCGCCGCCGCAGGCAGCCGAGGCGUGGUGA